AUGUCUCACGUCACGUACCUGGGCCAUGUAAUCAGUCGCAGUAGUGUCCAAAUGAAGGUGGAUAAGGUACUAGCUGUAAAAGAAUGGCUAGCACCCCGCACAGUCAAGCAGCUUUGUGGUUUUCUUGGAUUGGCAACGAUUUGUCUGCAAUUUUGGCACCAUAGCUGUCCCAUUGACAAAGAGGAGUGGUUCCAGUGGACUCCCCAAGCAAAAAAGGCAUUUGCGGCAUUAAUGCAAGCGGUCAUGUCGGUGCCAGUACAAGCAAUGCCCAACUUCGAUAUUCCCUUUGAAGUUGAAGCCAACGCCUCCGACAUAGGCAUCAGGACAAUUUUGAGUCAAAACCAACACCCACUUGCAUUCUUCGGUUGCGCAAUGGGCUCGACCUUCCAUAGUAAGUCGGCUUAUGUUCGCGAACUGACUGCUAUUGUGCUAGCAGUGUUGCAUUGGAGACACUACCAAUUGGGACGAAAAUUCAUAGUACCUACAUAUCAUCAUAGCCUUCGCUAUUUGUUAGAUUUGGGAUUAGAUAGCCAGGCACACAGUACAACAGCUUCGGUUCAGCGCAUUCGCGCCACCAUGCAGGAGGAUCCUACGCGUAAGUAUGGGUACAUAUGGAAUCCCCCCUAUCUCUACUUCUGGGAUCACAUUUAUCUACCCACUGACACAGAUUUGCCAGGCGUCUUGAUAACGCAUUUCCAUGAUUCUAAAGAUGCUGGUCACGAGGGAGUGGAAGGGACGUAUCGCCGACUGUGGACCGCGUUCUUUUGGCCAAGCAUGAAACGACAUAUUCGUGACUAUAUCAAGGGGUAUGAUGUUUGUCAGCGUAAUAAGUACAAAACACAUAAACCAGCCGGAUUAUUGCAGCCAUUACCCAUUUCUGAGCAGAUUUGGGAAGAUAUUUCGAUGGACUUCAUCGAAGGCUUACCCAGGUCGCGCGGCAAAUCAGUAAACUUAGUGGUGGUAGAUCGACUUUCCAAGUAUGCACACUUCGUCGCGCUGGGUCACCCUUUCACGGCCAAGACUGUCGCCCAUGCCUUCCAAGAACAUGUGGGGAAGCUUCUUGGUAUGCCUCAAUCCAUUAUCAGUGACCGAGACUGGAUGUUUCUUAGUGUGUUCUGGAGAGAGUAUUUCCACUUGCAGGUUACUAAUCUAAAGAUGAGUACAGCUUACCACCCGCAGACGGAUGGCCAAACUGAGAUAAUAAAUCGCUGUGUAGAAACCUACCUCUGA